AUGAGCCGUGAAUGUGACAAAGGAGUGUGUUGCUCUGGAAGUCCAUGCAUCGCAUGGGUGAAGAUCUUUCGAAAUGAAACAUGCAAUGGAUUUACUUAUCCGCUUUGCUCUUCAGAUUUUGCUGCUGAUGAAAUAUUUGAGUUGUUAGAAGGAUUGAUCGCAGAUUAUGAAGAAGAAAUUCAUCAUUUAAAAGAAGAGGACAAAGGACGGAAAGUUCUGGAAGCUGUUUUUAAUCCUCAAGUUCGCUUGUACAAAGCAGACAUGCAGCAGUUGUUGAUUAAAGAAGAAGCGCUCCCUGAAUACCAGGAAUGGAAUUUGAGUGUUAACCAGGAGGACGUUAAAGAAGAAGCGAAGGUUUGGAUAAGUCAGCAGGGAGAGCAGCUUCAGCAGCUGGAGGAGGCAGAUCUCACCAAGUUUGGUUUUACUGCCGUCCCUGUGAAGAGUGAAAAUGAUGAUGAAAAACCAGAGUCAUCACAGCUUCAUCAAAGCCGAAGUGAUGAGAGCACAGAGGCUGAGCCUGAAGCCAGCAGCUCAUCUGUACACAGAACACUGACAGCAGAAGCUGAUGGAGAGGAUGAUGGAGGACCACAACCAGCCAGCAACUCAGGUCCAAACAGUCAUUUACAACCAGAUACCAGUGGCAGGAGUUCAGACAGUUCUGGAACUGAGACUGAUGACAGUUAUGACCGGAAAAAGACCAGAGAACUU